AGUUCCCAUUUCAAUUAUGGCUACAUUCUCUGUAGCAAAAGUAUAUUUUGUUGUGUUUUUCACUACGGAAGUUUUCGCAACCUAUGUCAGAGUACAACGACCAGGGCCCGAUGACUGCGAACCAGUCGUUGUGGCUCACCGUGGUUCAAGCGGCUACGUUACUGAACACACCCUAGGCGCUUAUGCACUCGCUGUUACACAAGGCGCGGAUUAUGUGGAGCCUGAUCUCGUUAUGACCAAAGACGGCCAUUUAAUUGCAAGACACGAAAACCAGUUAGAAAAAAGUACAGACAUUGCUCACCGACCAGAGUUUGCAGAUCGGUACCGCUCAAUGUCCGUCUUAGGAUUUAACAUUACACUAGGAUGGUUUUCGGAAGAUUUUACGCUUGCAGAAAUCAAAACACUAAGGACCAUCGAACCAAUGCCUCUAAUUCGACCGGGAAAUACUCGAAUGGAUGGCUCAAUGGAAGUUCCGACAUUUCAAGAAAUCAUAGAUCUAGUUAAAGGAUUAGAGUACAGUCAGAAUCGCACUAUUGGUAUAUAUCCAGAACUGAAGAGUGGUGCGUAUUUUCGAUCUAUAGGAUUACCAAUGGAACCAGCAGUCGUAGAAAUUUUUCAUAGAAACGGCUACAUUGGAUCUCAAGCACCGGUAUACAUACAAUCAUUCGAAGCCAACAGCUUGAGAAUAUUAAAGAAAAUAACAGAUUUGCGAUUGCUGCAAUUAAUUGGGCGAGUUUCAGCACAGGAGAAUGCACGCAUGAUAACACCAGGAGGACUCAAAGAUAUUGCAACAUAUGCACAUGCGGUUGGACCUCAUAAAAACCACAUUAUUCCUCGUGAUUUCAGGAAUAGGCUUGGCAGGCCGACAUCUCUCGUUAUUGAUGCACAUGACGCGGGACUUAAAGUUCAUCCCUACACUUUUCGGGCUGAAAAUGCUUAUCUACCAGUGGAGUUUAGAAGCGAAGAUCCUGCUGAUAGUGCUCUGGGUAACUUGGAUGAAGAAUUGGAAGCAUAUCUAGCGACUGGAAUUGAUGGUUUAUUUAUUGAUCAACCAGACUAUCUUGUUAGAUUAAAGAGUCGUUUUUGUAACUGAUAUCUAUAAAAUUUACUUAAUAGGGUAUCUAAAGUUAUUACGUACAUAGGUAUUCAUGACGAAUUAGUAAAAUAUGAUUACCGGCUUGUCUCAGUUUCGCACGGCUGUGUCAAUCAGAGAAAAUGAAUAAUUUUACAUUGUUUUUUGAGUUGAUUCGUUACAAAUAUACAAAUCUUCGUUUAAAUAUAAGUACAUAUAUAUAUUUUAACUGUUAUUAUUUUGUAUAGCUAACAAAUAGCAGGCUUGAUCCCAGUUUAAAGUGUGCGUUAAGAAAGUAACUCUCGAGACAACAAAGUUAUAGAGGACCUAAAUUAUUUUUCAAUAAAAUUACAAUUCCGUCGAGUCAAUAAAUAAUUAAUUGUGAAACCAAAUAAAAAAUGUUUGUUAGUGUUUACUCGGAAUUUAAACACAGAGUUUGUAUUGCAGGCUUGGUGCCUUGUGCUACACAUAGCUAAAUCCGGACCCAUCACAGAUAUUAUGUAUUAGUGUAUUACAUUAAAAAAAACUUAUUACAGUAAAAAUAGUUACAAAGUAAUACCGAAAUGAAAAUGUCUCCAUUUAUUUAAAUUUUAUAUUGCAAUUUCUAUAUUCACAAAGCUAAAUGACAAAAGAUGAAAUAAAAAAAAUCUUUCAUUGUAAUUUAAAGAAUAUUAUGAGUAUUUAAAUAUGUAUAUUAAGAAAAAUAGUUGGACCAGUUCUAAGGUAUGAAAAGUGAACAAUUCUUCUGCAGGGUCGGAAUAACUCUUGGCAUGCUCCUUAAAUUCAAGAAAAUUCAGGAAAUACAUCAAAUUUCGUUGAUAUUUUAACUAUGGCAAUUCUAAUAUUGGGUGACGUGCUUCAACUCUCUUAUAUUAUGGAAAUUAGGCAAAUUUGUAGGAAUCUGCAAAGCAACCAAAGUGCAAAAAAAAUCUACAAAACUAUUUAUAUAUUAUACAUGAAUAAAGAUUUUA